AGGCGUAUUGGGCGUAUUGCUCUGUUAAAAGUCCGUCACCACUCUGAUCCACGGGACAUGAGGAAGUAGAUUACCUACCAGACGUACAUCAGACGAGCGAAAGAGUUUCUUUAGCAUCUCAACAACAUGUCCACUUUAAAUGGAAAUCAAAAUGGCAAAAAGGACUAUGACUUUUCUGGAAAGAAGCUCAAAACACUUCCCACUGAGCUAUGCAAGAGUGGUGGAGAUGCUGUCAAGGUGGAUCUACAGCGUAACAGACUCAAACAAAUCCCUGGCAUCUCGCAACUGACAAACCUGAAAGAGCUUAACCUGAGCAAUAAUGUGAUCACUGAUUUCCCCAUGGAGAUUAUUGGGUUACACCAAUUGGAGAAACUUUAUAUGAAUCAGAACAGUCUCAAAACCAUUCCAGAAAAUGUAUUUCCAUCUUUGGGGAAACUUCGAUUCUUAAAGUUAAGCACCAAUCGGCUUGAAAAGCUACCCAUCGAUGUGAACAGCUGCCAAGAUCUCACCUAUCUGAACCUGUCCAACAACUGCCUGAAGAAUUUGGAUCCUAUUGUGGAUCUUUCACACCUUAAAGAACUGUAUGUCGAGAGGAACCAGUUGUCUGAGCUACCAGAAAAGCUCUUUCAAAACAAUAGUUUAACUCUGUUCAAAGCUAAUGGCAACCCUCUUAGAAAGCCACCUGUGGAGGUCUGUGCUGGGGGAUUGAAAGAUAUCAAGAGUUACUUUUCAAUGCUUGAGGAAAACGCCCCACAUGUUUACACUGUGAAGACCAUGUUUCUGGGGAACUCCAUGGCAGGGAAAUCCACUCUGUGCCGCAGUCUGGAGAAGGGUUGCCCUGUACCAGUGGAAGAGGCUGAUCGUACUGUAGGGAUCGAUAUCAGUGAAGUUAAUAGAGAUGGCAUCCGUUUCUGCUUUUGGGACUUUGCUGGACAAGAGGAAUACUACAUCACCCAUCAUGUUUUUAUAACACCUCAAGCCUUUGUCAUACUUGCCAUCAACCUUUCCAGUUACAAUAUGGAUGACCAGAGUUUCAAAGAGAACGUGGACUUCUGGAUCAAAAAUCUACAGCUUAAGAUACCAGACUCAGUGGUCCUGCUUGUAGGCACUCAUGUUGACCAGUGCACAAGUGCUCAGGUGAAUGAAAAGAAAAAACACAUCGAAGAGCGGGUGAAGGAAAUGCUUGAAAAGCACAAAGUUAACUUAGAGCUUCGUAAAAAGAUCCUCCAGAAGAGCGACAACCCAUCUUUGAACUACGACCUGAUAAAUCAAAUCGAAAGACUCACUGAGUACAAACUAAAGGUCCUUGAAUUUAUACUUAUAGAUUGCACUAAACAGGAGGACAUUGACAGACUACUUACUCGCAUCAAAAAUGAUGUUUUGAACAAAGAUAUAUUCCCCAACAUUGAAAAGACUUUACCUAGGAGCUUCUAUGAUGUGGAGAAGGAUCUCAACAAACUUGUGACGAACGAUGACAUUCCAGAGCAUGGAAUUGUGAGUCAAAACUUCCUCUUGCUUGAACUGAAGAAUAGACAUGAUACACUGGACGAUGACCAACUGAAGUUAAUUCUUCAGUAUCUUCACCGAAUUGGUGUCAUUAUGUGGUACAAGGAAAUCCCAGAAUUGGCAGGUUUUGUGUUUGUGAAACCAUCCUUCCUCAUCUCACUGUUCAAGACUAUUGUGAGACAUGACCUGGUCCAGGAACUGAACAAGAUUUCCGCUGCACAGCUGAAGUCAGAAAACGCACUUGUAAUACAAAAGAAAAGAUGGAUCAGAGACUAUAAAGACAGAGCAUCCUUAAGCAAUGUGGCUAUUAGGAUCCUUGUGCGGACUGAGCUCCAGAAGAAUUACGGCAAGACUGAUGAAGAGCUAAUUGAGGAGGUUGUUGGGUCCAAAAAUAAGGAGGGGACUCUCCUUUCACUACUAAAACACUUUGAUAUAUGUUUGUCAACCAAACAUAACAGUCCUCUCAAUCCAAAUGCCAACGAAUUCUGUCCAAACCAAGACUGGAAGGCCUCAAAUCCAAUUGUGUACGAGCCAGAUGCUUGUCUUUUCCCAAAUUACCUGUCAGACAAUGAACAGGUAAAGCAAAAGUGGGAAUCAGACAAUACAGAAGACCUCAACAUCCAUGUAUACCUCCUACCUGAGAUCCCACAUGGUUUCUUCCACAGGCUUGUCAUCAGGACAUGCUCCUUGUACUUUCCAUACUGGAUAGGAAAAGACCAGUGUAUGCUGUGCAGUGGCAACAAACGUUUUCUGCUCAGAGAACACCGUGAGGAGGAUCAGUUCAUUGAGAUCCGCUGCAAAGAAAGUGAACUUGAAACCUCAGAAGACAUCAAGAAAGCAUGGAAAGUGAUAAGGGAGAUUAUGAAACGACUGAACACACUGACUGAGCAGUGGCAAGGGUUGUACCAGACUGUCCACAGUCCCUGCAAGGCCCAGGAUUGUGAUAACUACUUUGAAUGGAAUGACUGGCAAGAAUGGUUAGAAGAUUCUGGAACAAACCCAUUUAAUGUAGGACUAGAGGAGAAUCAAACUUGCUGUGAUGGUCACCAACGAAAGACAGAGUUGCUGUUCCCUAGAACUCCUGAUGCAGACCUGAAGGGAGGACACAUGAAAUAAUAAUGCAACACAGAACAAAUACAAAAAAAUUGACUUCACUUGAUGUAAAAGGUGUAUGUGAUUGGUAAAUUAAUUAAUAAUCAACUUGAUUGUGAGCACAAAAAGUUUUAUGUGAUUGAUAAAUUAAUUAAUAAUCAACCUGAUUGUGAGCACAAAAAAUACUGUCUUAAUAUUUU